AUGGAGAACGUUAAAGUCAUCGGACCUAACGGGCUGGCUCCGCUUACUCUCCAACAACAGGCGGAUUUUCACAUUACGACUCAGGUUAUUUACGACGUCAUUAGGAACGCCAACAUGAUAAGCCUGGAGGAGAGUGCCCAUGCUCCUACUGCCGUCCGUAACAAGGCUCGUGCGGACCGUCUUGCUGGUGUGCAGACAGUGUCAGCCCGUCUGAACGCUCGUCGCUUCACCAAGCUGGAGAUGAAUGAGCUCAAGCUCCAUGAUGCCUCCAAGAACAUUGAGAAGGCUAUGGAGCUUGAAAAGGACAAGAAAGUGGCCGCUUCUCGCACCACUACCUUGCGUGCCCCCGACGCCGCUCAGAAGACUGCCGCUUCUCACACCACUGCUUCGGGUACCCCCACCGCUCAGAAGAAUUUCAGUAUUGAUCCACGUGCUAAGCCGUUUGUUCCUACUGCUGCCGAGCCUGCUGGACACAAGAAUGCAACUCUCACUAAAGCUGGUGCCGAAAACAAGGAUGCAGACAACGGCUCUACUGCUGGUUCCAAGGCAUCUCAAAAGGCUGAGUCCAUUGGGGAUGAGGAGUCCGCUGGCUCUCCCAAGAAGCCCCGAGGUCUUACUGCCCCCGCUGACUUUAUGAAGCAAGUCCGUUUGCUCCACUUGCAGAAGCAGAUGGCAUCUAAGAUUGUGCCUGCUGGACCUCCUCGUCGGAUCGUUUUCGGAAAUCUUCCCGAGUGGGCAACCAUCCCCAGCGUCCUGCAGCUUGUUUACGGUGGUGCUAUCGAACGUGCCUGGAGUGAGAACGGCGAAGUCAUGGUGCAGUUUGUUGAGCAAGACGACUGUGUCAAAUACUAUGAAAACCACUCUGAGGGGAUCAAGCUGAAGGAUGGUGAUGACGACGUCACUAUUUCUGUCGCUAUUCCCGAAGAGGGCCUGCAGGACAAUGCCGAGCUUUCUAAGCGUGUCGAAGAGGGUGCUUCCCGUGUCAUUUGCCUCUCUGGUCUUUCCCCUGGCUUCAAGACUAGCGACAACGAAAACAUCUUGGGUAUUGCCGCUGACCCUGUCUGGGGUACGAAGAGCUUCGACCGCAUCCUGAUCAAGCAAGCUGAGUCUGGUGUUGAUGUCCACGUCUUCUUCCAUGAUAUCCAUGACGGUUGGGACUUCUUGCAAAGCAUCAAGGAGGGAGCGUACGACUGCAUUGCCAGCUUUGAAGUUGACCCAUGCGCUCUUGCUCAGGGAUUCCAUUUUGUGGAUGAACCCAACCUGAUGUUCACUGGAAUUCUUGGCGUGGACUAG